GCUUGUGACCUUUUUUGUGUCGCUACCAUCAGGCUGUAAGUUCCCUCCGCUUGGUCAAGCUCCCUGAAAUGGUCCCCUGCUGUAAUGAUGGCUUCCCCUCCACGCCGGAUGCUGCGGGUGGGGAUCUUUGCGUUAAUGGCGGUGCUUGUGGCGGAGCUCCCCGGAGCGCUUCAGAAGUGCAUCUUUGACGAGGUUCAGGCCCGGGCCAGGGUGGUCCGAGCUGCACCCGCCCCCCCGCCGAGCGCCCCCAACCAGCCCGAGGCCUCACUGACCGACCGUCCGGAGGGCGAGGCGUCGCCUCCGCCUGGCCUCCUGGUGACGGCGGGGAGGCGCCCGAGCGCGGCCCCCCCGCAGCCAAUCAGGAUCCGGACGUGGGUACCGGCUGAGAGCGCCGGCCUAUCGGGGGCUGAGGGAGAGCGGCUGCAGGCAGCGGUGGAGGAGGCCGUGAGGACGGUGUCGUCUUUACUGUCAGUGAACAGACGGCCGGGUCCAUUGCUGCUCAGCAGAGACGUCAAUAAAUACUGCAAGUUUCUGUGGAAGAAUUCAAGUACUGCCAACUACAACAGGUGUGGUCGAGCCAACAAAAACUACAGAGCUGAAACCUGCCUGGAUGUGACGAUCCCAGACGACCAUCUGGCCGGAUGUGAUAUUUACCCGGACGCCGAUUCCCCUCGGAGGACUGAGUUGCGUCCCGAAGGUGCCGGACUCCCCCGCGGCGACUUCCUGCUGUACCUCCACGUUCGGGCCACCGACAAGUGUCGAGCGGAGCCUGGCGUGUUGGCGUACGCCGCGCACUGUCAGACGGACCCGUCCGGGCGGCCCUUGGCCGGGGUGGUGGUCAUCUGCAGGGACAAACUGACGGGGGCCACACACAGCCGAAGGGCCACCGCACAGACUGUGAUCCACGAGCUGUUUCAUGCACUUGGCUUCUCUAAAGAGCUCUUCCCCACCUGGAGAGACUGCUCCUCCUCUUUUCAAGUUGGCGCUCGCUGCUCUCCUCGAGGCCGAGUGACUCACUCUGACGGACGGGGCCAGACGAGGGUUUACACCCCGUCCGUCAUCGCGGCCCUGCAGAGGCACCUGGCGUCCACUCACCCCGAGCUCGGGGGCCCGCUAGAGAACCUGGACGUCCCGCCGGGCGGAGUGUCCUCUCACUGGGAGUCCCGGGUCCUGCAGGGCUCCAUCAUGGCGGCGGUGCUGGGCGACCCGACCACGGUCCGGAUCGACCCGGUCACGUUGGCCGCGAUGCAGGAUACAGGCUGGUACACGGUGGACCUGAGCCGGGCUCAGAGUCUGGUCUGGGGAGGCGAUGAAGGAACCAUGUUCGGCUCGCUGUCAGCCUGUCACAACAAGUCCUCGUCCUUCUUCUGCACCGGCAGUGGGUUUGGGUGUCACUAUCUUCACCUCCACAAGGGGGAGUGCCAGACCGAUCCGCACCUGGAGGGUUGUCGACUGUAUAAACCCCUCAAGAAUGGAAGUGAAUGUUGGAAAGAGGAAAAUGGAGACAAAGAGCCUUUGAGCGGGGAGCUCUUUGGUUUUCACAGCCGAUGCUUCUUCUCCAACCUGACCAGACAGAACCGGGGUGAGUUUCUCUCGCUCGGCGGCUCCGUGGAGGGCCGUUGUUAUAGACACAGGUGUACGGGACCGAACGGAUACCGGAUCCAGGUGUCGGGCUCUGACUGGGUGGACUGUCCAGCAGGAGGCGCCAUUCAGAUAAAAGGGUACCAGGGUUCGGUCCUCUGCCCCGACCGGAGGUUGUGUCUGUACGCUGACGUCACUCCCCCCGCAGACGCCGUCGGCGCGUCUCCGACUCCCACCACGAGGCAAGCACGACUCUAAACAAGCGCCGCUGCUCUUGAUGCCAACGUGCAACUCGCACUUACUUAUACAAGGUUGAUUUUCGCCCAGUGAGACUUUGACCUCGGCCCAGAACUGGACCCGGCCGCCCCUCGGGCCCCCCGCGGGGCCAGCCGCCGCCUCUGCGCUGGGCGCCAUGGCUGCCGUGUGUCUCCUGGGUGCAGCCGCGGUGUCUUGCAGGAAAUGUGUCCUCUGCAGGGUCCGGGUCCACUCUGCACCAGAGGACCACACCGACCUGCAGCCGGCGCCGCCGCCUUAAAACCCGCUGCGCAUAACCAACUUUUGAAAAAAAAUAAAUGUGGUUUUUGAUGACUU